AAGGAUGCCAUUUUCCUUCCAGCAAGAAUAGUUCAGUACUUGUAAUGUGAGUUGCAGAAUUCUGCGAGUAGGAACAUCUGCUGGAACCCCCAUGAAAAUGCUUCUUAUGGAGGGCUCAUCAUUGCUAUCCCUUUUGGAAUCAUGUAAAUCACUGAAACAGGGACUCCAAGUUCAAGCUCAAAUCAUCUUCAAUGGCCUGCACCGCGAAAUAUUCCCCAUGAGCAGACUACUCAACUUCUUUUCCUUGAUGGGUUCGGAAGAAAGUCUUAAUCAUUCCCAAAUUCUCUUCUCGCAAAUUCCUCACCCUAAUGUGUUCAUGUGGAACACCAUGAUGAGAGGCUACUCCCGCAGCCAUCAUCCCCAACAGGCAUUUCUGCUCUACACAUCCAUGCUUCGGGAAGGGGCCGAGACUCCGAACAACUUUACUUUCCCGUUUCUACUCAAUUCCUGUGCAAGGGUUUCAAGUGUUGGGUUGGGACGUCAGGUUCAUGGUCAUAUAGUCCAAUAUGGGUUUGAAUUGGAUCUCUUUGUUCGGAAUGCUCUGAUGCAUCUGUAUUCUGUCUUCAGGGACUUGAAUGAUGCCCAGAAUGUGUUCGACGAAAGUCUUGUUAGAGACCUUGUUUCGUACAAUACAAUGAUAAAUGGGUACGCCCAAGUGUACCAAUCUGGUCCUGCUUUGUGCCUCUUCAGGGAGAUGCAGGAUUCUAGUAUUCAGCCGGACGAGUUCACUUUUGUUGCUUUGCUCUCUUCCUGUUCAUUCUUGAAUGAUACCAAGAUUGGGAAGCAGAUUCACAGUCUGGUUUACAGGUACCUGGGUUUUGCUGAUUCAAAUAUAUUGCUCAAGACUUCCAUUCUUGAUAUGUAUGCGAAAUGUGGGUUGAUGGAUAUGGCUGAGAAGGUAUUUAGUUCAAUGAAAGCUACCAAGGGUGCUGCAGCUUGGAGUUCUAUGGUGUCAGGAUAUGCACGAUCAGGGGAAACUGAAGUUGCCAGACAUAUGUUCAAUCAGUCAGAUGAACGUGAUAUAAUUUGCUGGACAGCCAUGAUUACUGGUUACUCUCAAGCAGGCCAAUACAGUGAGGCAUUAGAACUUUUUCAGCAGAUGGAGGGUCUGGGCAUGGAACCUGAUGAAUUUACUUUGGUUGCUAUUCUUUCUGCUUGUGCUCAGCUUGGAGCUCUUAGUUUUGGGGAGAGACUUCAUCAGAGGUACAUCAAGGAUGAAUUAGUUGGUCAAAAUUCAAUUCUUUCAACUGCAUUGGUAGAUAUGUAUGCAAAAUGUGGAAGCAUAGACAUUGCUCUAGAUAUUUUCCACGGAAUCCCAAAGGAUUUAAGAACUGUUUCUCUCUUUAAUUCCAUGAUCUCGGGUCUUGCUCAGCAUGGGCUCGGUAAGAUUGCCAUAUCUGUCUUCAGAGAAAUGGAAGGGGUAGGAUUGAGACCAGAUGGAGUCACAUUUGUGGCAGUUUUAAAUGCUUGCAGCCACAAUAGGCUAGUUAAAGAGGGCAAGAAGUUAUUUAAAUCAAUGUUGAGUGUGUACGGUCUCAAACCACAGAUGGAACAUUACGGUUGCAUGGUUGAUCUCCUCGGAAGAGAUGGGUGCCUAGAUGAAGCUUAUGAUCUUGUUCAGAGGAUGCCAUUUCCAGCCAAUUCAGUGAUAUGGAGAGCACUGCUGGGUGCUUGCAGGCUCCAUGGAAAUGCUGAGAUAGGUGACAUUGCUGCCCAGAAACUCACUGAACUGGAGCCUGAUCAUGGAGCUCGCUAUGUUUUAUUGUCUAACAUGUUUGCUAACACAAACAGAUGGGAAGAAGCCAGAAGGGUAAGGAAAGUGAUGGAUGAUAGAGGCAUACAGAAGCCACCUGGGUGGAGCUACAUAGAGCUGAAUGGAGUUCUUCAUCGGUUUUUGGCUAGUGACAAGUCACACUUAGAGGCCAAGGAGCUCGAAUUAAUGCUUAAGGACAUGACAACACGUCUUAAAUCUGCCGGGUAUGUUCCAAAUACAUCACAAGUAGUUUUUGAUAUUGAUGAAGAAGAGAAGGAAACCGUGGUCUCAUAUCACAGUGAGAAACUAGCAUUAGCAUAUGGAUUGAUUAACUCCAGUCCCAGACAAACAAUAAGAAUAAUAAAGAAUCUCAGAAUUUGUGGAGACUGUCACUCAGCCUUCAAGUUUCUGUCUGAAAUUUAUGCACGAGAGAUUAUCGUCAGAGAUGCCAUGAGGUUCCACCACUUCGAGGAUGGUUCUUGCUCUUGUAUGGAUUUCUGGUGAACAUAGAUUUGUACUUUUGAGAAUUAGGGAGACAAUUUAGUUCCCCUUAAAGUUAAACUUGUAUUGAUGAGAUACCGAUUUGAUAGUCAAAAUGAAUACAUCAAAAAGUUUCAU